AUGUUUUUUAAUUUUCUAAUAUUAGUAUCACUUCACAUAUCCAAGUAUUUAUUAUUUUUAUCCUCAAAUACACAUCUUUUAUUGCUUUUUAUCUUUAUAGUUUGUUACAAUGUGCUGAUUGACACACACCUCAGCCUUCCUUUCCAAAAUAAACCAUAUCUAUCGCAUAAUAUAUUUUGUAAAGCAUACAAAUAUGAUAUAAAUCCAUUUUUAAUAGGGAGGUACCAUCUGGUUGCCCCUAAAUUUAUAAAGUCCAAUCCAUCUCAAGCAAAGAAUCCCAAACAUUUUUUGAUUUUUUCAGUUCCUCCUGAAACCAGUGGAAUCGGUGAACAAGAAAAUGAAAAUCUAUCUAAUGAUUUAAAAAUUUUAGAGGAUUCCUCUAAUUCUUUGGAAAAAAAUGACGAAAAUUUUGAAGAGGAAUGUACACCAGGACCUCUAACAGAGUCUGAUGUAUGGAAAAUGAAGGCAGCAAUUUCACAAAAUUCAACCCUGGGAAUCGACUGGGUAAAGGCGAUUGAAACCUUACAAACUUCAUCAUCCUGCACUGUAAAACCCCUAACGAUCGCAUAUAACUCAGCAAUCUCGGCUGCAGAAAAGAAUUCAAACCCUGAUUUAUGUAUGGAUUUAAUAUCGGAUAUGAAAAAAAGGAACGACGUGGCACUUGAUUCAGUGACCUAUAAAAUGGCAAUCUCAGCAUGUGUAAAAACCAACAGAGUGGAAGAUGCACUUAAACUACAGGAAGAAGCUCUAGAGUCUGGAUUAAUACUAGAUCACGGAGUAAUUAGGAACCUACUUUGGCUACUUUCAUUCAACGGUUAUGGCCCUCAAGCAAUAAAGCUGUUUGAACUUCUGAAAAAAGUAGCAGAGCUUCGUAAAAGUGAAAAAGGCUUGAUUCAGACUGAUUAUUUGCACACAAUAGAGUCAUGUAUGUUAUCUAACAUGAUUUCAGAUUCACUUGAAUUGUACAAUCAAUUAAAAAAGUCUGAAAACUUUGUGUUGGAUUCAAGGUCUCUUAAAACACUCCUUGAACUCGCCUAUAAUUUAUCUGAUUCACAAAUGUCUUUGGAAUUAUACUUCAAAGCUGUCAGAGAAAAAAAGUUCAAUUUGAGUCAUGUACAUUUCAAGCUGAUUCUAAACAAUCUUCUUCUAACUAGGAACCUAGAUCAUAUAGAUUAUAUAUGGAAAAAUAUUCUACAUGAGAGUGUUCUCCUGGACCCAAUUCUAUGCCACCUGGUCCUACAAGGGUAUUCACUCCAAGGGAAUUUCCAAAAAGCAUAUGAUGUGUUAACAAUAAUGGAGAGGGACAUGUUGUUAACAAAUCAUAUUCCAUAUCUCCUGGCAAUCAAAUCUUGUGAAAAAUGUGGAGAAUGGAAACUAGCUCUAAAAAUUAUGAGAAUGGCUCAACAUAAACUUAAAACCAAGAACAUAAGCCUAUAUAACGGUGUUUUGGAAGCAUGCCUAGUAGCCAAGGAAUGGAAUACAAUGACUUUGCUAUAUGAAGAACUAUCCACAAAGGAUGACAAAUUAAGUGCAAAUGAAGGUGAUUUAAGACCAAAUGGAGAUACAAUAGCACUAGCGCUAAUAGCCUACUUUAAUUUGGAGGAUGAUUCAACUUUGAAGGAACUACUGAGUAUUCCUGUUAUCGACACACCAUUACUUUCAAAAAUAAGAAAUUCUUUAACACAAGAACAAAUAUAA